AUGAGCGCUGAGCCCGAUGCAGAGACAAACGGUCACAACCUGCCCAUCGUGCGGGACAGCGAGGACAGUGAUGAAGAAACCAGUCAGGAGGAGCAGCCGGUCACAUGCUGGAGCGACCUCUCCAUCAUCGAGCGUGUCGGCCUUAACAGUGUGGAGAUGCCAGAGAAGGAUUUGGAGGCGGCCUUCACUCAGAUCGCCCUGGCUUUCCGCUGCGAUCAGUACACCCUGAAGCAGAGGCUGCAGGCGGAGGAACACGCCCGGAACCUGGCCGAGGAGAACGUCCAGCUGGAGCUGAGCAGAGGCAGAGAGACUCUGGAGACUCUGAAGGGCCUGUGUUUGGACAGCAAGCGCAGUAAGAUCCUGCAGAGGCUGGAGUUGUCUCUGGACAUCCUCGGAGGGACUGUAGAGAGAAUCUCCAACACAGCCGAGGUGCUCGGUGCCGUUCACCAGGAGGCUCGAGUGAGUCGAGCAGUUGAGCUCAUGGUGGCUCACGUUGAGAGUCUGAGGAGGCGACAUGACAGAAAUGCAGCAGAGCUGGAAGAAGCCAAGAAGAUGGUGCAGCAGCAGAACUCCUGCAGGAACAGCCUGGAUCACGGAGCCUCGCCAGAUUCAGAGGACAAUGAGGGCAGAAAGAAGGGCUAUAAGCAGAACAAUCUCCGGCGAAGAGUCAGCAUAUCAGUAAUUACCAGCCAAAUUCAGGAGAAGAGAAGGCUGAACUCCGAGUCCAGCUUCCCUACCCUGACCAGGGCCGACAGCUACCCGGUGGAUGAGAGGCCACUUGAACCGGAUGAAACUCCGUCAGAGACUUCAGCAGCUCCUCCAGAACACCCAGAACACUCUCCCAUCUCCAACCCAGAGUGCCCCUCGACUAAACCAGUGACCGCCAGAAAGACACUAAACAAAAAGUAUGUUCAUGGAGUUUGUGGCCGACACAUCAGCAUUUCAGAGAGGAACUACUUUAAAUAA